AUGGCGUCAUCUUUGUAUUCUCGUGACCGACAUGGAACAUUUCGUAUGCACCGCGGGAAUCCAUGGAUAUUUCGAUUCAUGGAUGACUGGAUACACGGAUACCUGGAUCCAUGGAUUCUAGAUGAGCUUCUCCCGGGACAAGGUGAUCUCUAUUUGCGGAUCCUCGAGGAAUGCCAGAGCUGCAAGAGGCACGUCCUGCGAGCAUCUUGA